AUGACCCAUAACGAACCUCAAACGGACUCUCUCGACGUCAAUACCCUCUCCUUCAAUUUACCUCCUUUUACACCGAGCAACCCCCGGGUUUGGCUUCAUCAAAUUGAGCGGUUUUCUCAACGAGCCGCAUUACAAGCGAACGCACCCGCUGCUCUUAUGUGGUACAAAGUCUCCCAUUUGACGUUGCCGUCGAUGUUGACGAACUCCUCGAUCCUAUUCCUGCCAACGACCCGUACACCCAGUUAAAGAAUGCUGUCAUCCAGAGAGUGGCCAAGUCGGCCAAUCGGAUGCUACGGGAGUUGUUCACACAGGUAGAACUGGGAGAUCAAACUCCUUCACAGCUUAUGCGCCACAUGCGCUCAUUGCUGGCUGGUCGUCAUAUGGACGACGAUAUCUUUCGACAAAUCUGGUUGGAUAAGUUGCCAGUUUCUAUGCAGCAGGUUUUGUCCAUGCUGGACACUAGCAUCUCUCUUGACAAAGUGGCCAGUUAUGCCGACAGGAUCAGCGAAUGUUACCCGGUCGGUGCGACAUGCGCCAGUAUUCAACCGACCUCGGUGCUCGACAGAUUGGAUAGAGUAACCAUCUCUUGUCCAGAAGUCACUCCUUCACUGGAACGUGACACUUGUGUGGACCGGUCGGCCUGUCGUUGUUCAUCACGCAGAGCUACCACGCCAUCAGGUCCAUCAAGACCACCUAACAGUCCCAACCGCGGCGAUUAUGACAACCUCAAAGAAACUGUACGUCUUUUGUGCACACAAGUUAGCACCAUGCGCACUGCUAUAAAUAGCUUACAGUCGACCAGAAACCCUUCACCCUCGCGCUCUCGUUCUUAAUCUCGAGAGGGCCCCUCUACAACUCUGUGCUGGUAUCACCGGGUUAACGGUUCGAAAGCACGCAAGUGCAUUCCUCCCUGCACAUACCUGCAGGCCUCACCACAGGGAAACGACCGCGCCAGCCAGUAACGGCGACAGCUGCCGCUGUCCAGUCACGACCCAAUCGCCUCUUCUAUAUCAGUGACAAGACGAGCAGCCUCCGUUUCCUCGUCGAUACUGGUGCCGAGAUUUGUGUGAUCCCGCCUCCAAGGCGCCACCAUCUCAAGCCUUCGCGGUUUUCAUUGCAGGCUGCCAAUAGCACCACCAUCAACACUUAUGGUCAACGGUCGCUCACACUUGACAUCGGUCUUCGGCGACGUUUCCAGUGGGCCUUUGUGCAGGCCGACGUUAAAUCUCCCAUCAUUGGAGCAGAUUUCAUGACUCAUUUCGGCCUUACAGUCGAUCUCAAGCAUCUCAAACUCAUCGAUACCACAACUACACUCUAUACCGUAGGGAUUGCUGCUUCUGAACCCUCGGUUAGCAUCCAAUUGACCGUACCAAGCUCACCCUUCGCUGACAUUUUGAAGGACUACCCGUCCCUAACUAAGCCCUGUCAGUUCACCGGGGAAGUUCAGCAUACGGUUAAACAUCACAUCAUCACCACGGGGCAAACUGUUUACGCUCAUCCUCGCCGUCUUCACCCCGAAAAACUCCGGAUAGCAAGGAACAAAUCUGAGCAUAUGAUGAACCUAGGCAUGAUUCGUCCUUCCUCCAGCCCAUGGGCUUCUCCCCUCCACAUGGUACCCAAGAAAUCCACUGAUGAUUGGAGACCAUGCGGCGACUAUCGCGCUCUCAACAGAGCCACGUUCUCGACCGAUACCCUAUUCCCCAUAUGCACGAUUUUUCUCACGCGCUAGCCGGAAAAAAACUAUUUUUUCCAAAUUAGACCUGGUGAGGGCAUAUCACCAAAUUCCGGUCGAGGAAGAAGACGUCCCCAAGACCGCCGUCACAACGCCUUUCGGUUUGUUCGAAUUCCUUUGCAUGCCGUUUGGUUUGCGCAACGCGGCCCAAUCCUUCCAACGCUUCAUCGAUGAAAUCUUGCGGGGUUUCUUAUUCACUUAUGUCUACAUUGACGACAUACUCGUCGCAAGUUCUUCGGCAGAGGAACAUGCCUCGCACUUGCGCCAGAUAUGCGACCGUUUUUAGCAACAUGGUCUGCACUUAAACGUCGAAAAAUGUAUCUUUGGCGUCUCUUCUCUAGAUUUCCUUGGUCACCACGUCGACCAGCAUGGAAUCACACCGCUGCUAGAGAAGGUGCAGAACAUCCUGUCAUUCCCUGUCCAUAAGACACUGACUCAGCUGCGCCGUUUCAUUGGCCUCCUCAACUAUUACAGACGUUUUAUCCCUCACUGUGCGGCGACCCUAGCUCCCUUAACUGACCUUCGUAAGUCUAAAGCAAAGCCCAUCGAACUUCCUCCAGCAACUCACUCAGCCGUUCAGGCAGCUUAGAAAGCUCUUGUUGAUAUCACUUUGCUUCACCAUCCCAGCUCCGAUCCCCACGCACAGCUGAUCUUGACCACUGACGCUUCCAAUAGUGCUGUCGGCGCAGUCCUACAUCAACAGGUGAAUAACCAGUUGCAGCCAUUGACUUUCUUUUCACAGAAGCUACAACCGGCGCAGACUCGCUAUAGUACUUUCUCUCGCGAACUCCUUGUCAUCUACCUGGCCAUUCGUCACUUUCGACACCUCUUAGAGUGCAGAGAUUUUUCGGUUCACACCGACCACAAAACUCUCAAUUACGUCCUCAAGGCCAAGCCAGAUCGGUACUCGCCCAGGGAAGUUCGUCACCUGGACUAUAUAUCGCAGUUUACUGCAGAUGUCCGCUAUGUCCGAGGCAGCGACAAUGUCGUUGCUGAUGCAUUAUCCCGUCCGGACAUCAACACACCUGCAUACCAUUUCGACCUGGCGAAGGUUGCAGACCUCCAAUCAGGCGACAAGACCAUUGAAGACCUGCGUUCUACUAAUACUCUGCAACUUCGAGAUGCACCACUUCCCGCAUCACCAGGCACGAUUUUAUGCGACAGGUCCACAGGCACUCCUCGGCCUUUUGUUCCACUAUCCUCCCGCAAGACAGUGUUUGACCAUCUCCAUUCCCUGUCACAUCCUGGCAUCAGCGCUUCGCGUAAACUAAUCGCUACUCGUUUUAUCUGGCCGAAGAUGAACUCUGAUAUCGCUCUUUGGACUAAGUGGUGUUUAGACUGCCAGAAGAAUAAAGUACACCGUCACACAUUUUCUCCACCAAGUACAUUUGCCGUUCCAGAUGUUCGUUUACACCACAUCCACUUUGAUUUAGUUGGUCCGCUACCCCCUUCACGCGGGUACACGCAUAUUCUGACAGCGGUUGACCGUUUCACACGAUGGCCUAUUGCCGUUUAUGUCUCGGAUACCUCGGCAGGAAAUAUCGCCAUGGGUUUUUCUGACGCACUGGAUUUCAACUUUUGGUUUUCCAGCCAUCUUUACUACUGACCGCGGGAGUCAAUUCCAAUCUAGCCUCUUCCUUGAGUUCACUAAACUGCUCGGGUGUGCGCACAUCACAACCACGGCAUAUCAUCCUGCCUCCAAAGGCCUCGUGGAGCGUCUACACCGUCAACUGAAGUCCGCACUGAUGUCCCAAACAGAAUCAGCUUCUUGGAGUGACAAUCUACCUCUUGCGAUUUUGGGCAUCCGAUCUUCUGUCAAGGAGGACAUCCAAUGCACUGCCGCCGAACUUGUGUACGGUACACCCCUCUGUCUUCCCGGCGAAUAUGCGCAGUCUUCCACGACGAACACCAACAUCCCAAGCACCUUCGUACAGCAGUUGAAGCAACGCAUGGCUCAACUGCGUCCAACCCCCACUCGUCUGACAUCGAAGCGUGUGUUUGUGCAUGAGGACCUUAAAUUUUCUCCAUUCCUUUUUGUCCGGAAUGACGCGGUUCGCAAGUCUCUUUGCUCCCCAUAAGAUGGCCCGUACAAGGUUCUUCAGCGGAUGGACAAGUAUUACGUCAUUCAAAAGGCUGACAAAACUGACACAGUCUCCAUCGACAGACUUAAGCCAGCCUAUGUUGGGUGCAUCCCACCGUCAGUUGUGCCACCGACUUCCUCUGUACCGUCCUCACCCGAUCCACCCGUUUCGGCCCCCUCGACUCAACCACCACACUCGACCACCCCACCCACCCAUCCUGAUUCUUCCUCUAUUCCACCACACACCUCAUCUCGUUCUGGUAGACAUAUCCAUUUUCCUGCCAAACUCAACGGACGCGAGCAACUUAUCAAAUGA